UGUGGACCGUUUAACAUUGCUUUGUCACUCUCUCUCUCUCUCUAUAAAAGCCUCCAUAUCCACCUUUCUCUUUGUCACUACCUCUUAACUUUGAAUUUAGCUCUAAAAGACCUUUUUCCCGGUUGACCCUCAUGGAACCUGGCACAACCACAAUCACGACCGUCGAUCAUGAUCACGAUCACGAUAACGGCGGUGGCACUGCAAUCUCAGACGUCCAUCAGGACGUCAUCAAGACCCACAUCCUCACUAGGCUCGACGGCGCCACCCUCGCCUCCGCCUCCUGCGCCUCUUCCCACUUGCACGCUCUCUCCACCGAAGAACAGCUCUGGCGGGAAAUCUGCUCCUCCACGUGGCCUUCCAUCGACCACCCACGUGUCCACCACGUCAUCUCCUCGUUCCCUGGUGCUUACCGUUCUUUUUUCUCCGACUCAUUCCCACUCCUCCACCACCGCUCUCCGCCGAAGCAGCAUCAUCAUUAUCUCGCCGAGAUAAUCUCAGCCGUUGAUGUUCACUACAAGGAGAGUCUCAUUUUCUCGAAGGUCCAAGAGAACGAGACCAAGUCCGAUUGGUUUCUCUGCUCGCCGUUUCGGUUCGACUUGCUUGGACAGAAAGAGUCGGUUCAGACACCGAUACGACACGUCGGAGAGGACCAAGCCUGGCUGGACCACCUCGAGGAGAACCUGAAGCUAAGCUGGAUCCUUAUCGACCCGACCCGAAACAGAGCCGUGAACGUCUCGAGCCGGAGCCCCGUCUCGGUCCAGCACCACUGGCUGACCGGAGACGUGCAGCUCCGGUACUCGACGGUCGUCUCCGGCGGCGAGGACUCGUCGGAGCUAGUCCACUGCGCGGUGGUGGUCACGUGUGAGGGAAAGGUGGGAGGGGAGAUGCACGUGCGGGAAGUGAGCAUGCAAGUGGAGGACUUGGAGGGGAAGCAUUUGAACGGGAAGGACAGUUUGGUAAUUUUACAAGGGGCGAUGGAAAGUGGGAAGAGGAAGAAGGAGAGGAAAGGGGAAGGGAAAGAGAGGUUCGAAGAGUUUCUGAAAAUGAAGGGAGAGAGAAAGGAAAGAAAGCAGAGGAGAGAGAGAGCGUUGGACAUGGCUUGCAUUGCCACUGGACUCACUAUUUUCGUGGCUUUCUGGUCGUUUAUUUUGUUCAGAUAGAGCGAAAACUAAAUUAACCGCGCGCUACCGUUAAAGUUGGUUGUUCUUACCGUUGAUAUUAUUGGUAAGGAAAACAGAGGAAACGGAGAUAAUUAAAACCAUAAAAUAGGUUUUUAUUUUUUAUUCUUU